UGCACACAGAGGAGGAUGUCUUCGAUUUUGCAUGGGAAUAAAAUACGACUGUUUUCCUAAGGAUUUUCGUUGUGUUUUGCUCUGCGAUCUUGGCAUCAUCGGCGUGAAAGGCUGAUCCUAUUGCCGAGGGGGGGAAAGGCGCUGGCGCAGCGCCAGGGUCUGGCAAGUGCGCCUCCCUUUACCGCUGUUUGGCUUAUUCAUAGUUAGGGGUUUGGGUUUGGCUCUUUUUAAAAAGGCAAGCGCUGCACUCAAGUUGAUCAGUCGGCUCCGAAAACUUCUGCAGAGGGGAAAGUGGUUUUGGAUUCACAAAGUCCAGAAUUUCAUUACAACCGAACCGCGCACAAACUGUAACCGGGCAGCACUGGACUAAUCAAAGACGAUACCCCAGUGUCUCAUUUUUAAUCUGAAAAAGUAAUCAACGGAUUCUUGAUAUAUUUUUAAAAGACUUAUUUCUUCUUCUUUUUUUUCAAAAGAUCCCGACCUGUGCUGUACUUUUGCAGGCGGACUUUUCAGAGUUCCUAAUUUGCAUUUAAAACCCGAUGACCGUCCUUAGACGAUCGCUUAUUUGCGCACAUAUUUAGUCCCCGUUUUUUUCACCGGAGCUUAUUCACACUUUGAAGAACAGAAAAGAGACAUGUUUCUAGUCGUGCUGGUUACAUUUCUCACGGCUUUGUCCAUCAGCUUUGGCUCGUAUGUGCCGUGCGAGCCUUGCGAUCAGAAGGCGUUAUCCAUGUGUCCUCCGGUGCCGGUGGGUUGUCAGCUGGUUAAGGAGCCCGGCUGCGGCUGCUGCCGUACUUGCGCUUUGGCGGAGGGUCAGGCGUGCGGUGUCUACACCAGUACGUGCACUCACGGGCUGCGCUGCCUACCGCGGAGCGGAGAAGAGAAGCCGCUUCACGCCCUGUUGCACGGCAGGGGAGUGUGUACGAACGAGAAAGGAUACAAACCAUCGCAACCACCCAUCGAUCAUGAGUCUAUCGAGCAUGAUGAUACAGCAAAAGCAGAAACAACGGAAGACCAGCCUCCUAAAAUUCCCCUUUAUCCCAAACCAGACGUGAUCAACAACAAGAAAAACGCAGCAGUUCGCAAGGACAAGAAGAAACAGAUGGAGAAGCAUCGCUUCGUGGGCCAUUUGGACUACUCGCCUAAUCCCAUCGACAAGCACGAGCCAGAAUUUGGUCCCUGCAGGAGGAAGCUGGACGGAACUAUUCAAAGUAUGAAAGACACUUCCCGCAUCAUGGCUCUUUCCCUUUACCUUCCCAACUGUGACAGAAAGGGAUUCUUCAAGCGUAAACAGUGCAAACCAUCCCGUGGCCGGAAGCGAGGCAUCUGCUGGUGCGUGGACAAAUACGGCGCGCAGCUGCCCGGCACCGACUACAGCGGCGGCAACAUCCAGUGCAAGGAUCUGGAAAACAGCAACAACAACGAGUGAGAAUUCGAGCCACCCCGAUCACCAGACCUAGGGCCCACCUCCUUUUCCUGCCUACCAAUCCACCGCCAGUCACGCUGAGAUUUUGAAGCAAAACAAAGAAAACAAAAACGCAACGACUAUUAGAAAUACGAACAAUCGGAAAAACCACGGGAAUCGUUUUGACUGAGCGCACAUCUCUAAAAUCUGGACUCGGCCAAUCAGAGGAGUCCUGGCAAAAAUUGUUAAAAAUAUAUACAUACGAUUAUAUAUUUUUAUAGAAGCUGGGGUUGGAGCACCGUACGGUUUUGUUUAAAGUUAACAUAAAACAAAAAAAAAAGGAAUAUACGGCAUGUUAAACAUUAACAGGGCUAUCUUGGUCUUUUACAUCUUUUGGUAUCACAGGUAUCACAUGAUAUAGCAGGAACUCUCACUAUUGGAAGAAAAACACAAUUUUCGUUGGUUUUCCGAAAGAUAAAGGGAAACGCAUACGGUAGAGAUUGAUAGCACAAUCCCUACCUGUUUUUUUCUCGGUCCUGUCAAAGCACUUAAUGGGAAUACUGCUUGGAAAUGUGUAACUUCACCAAAUUCAGUGUAUUCGUGCGUGAGCAUGUGUGCGUGUGGCCGAUACGGCGAUAGCUUUCAAAAAAACAAUGCCUUUUUGUGACGCAUCCCUCCCCGAACACGCUGAAAACCCAUUAGACAAAUCUGUUUCAGUGGCUUUAUGACUUAUGUGUAGAGCAUACCCAACACGCCAAACGUGCCUAUGUAAACAGAUGCAGCCGUGCACAUUUACACGGGUGAGCCGAGCGGUCCUGACCGACGUCCCGUCUCAAAUCUCCUCACUCUGCCCAUGUCUAGAUAAAAAGAGAAAAAGACAGGCCAGGCCACUCUGGAGUUUUCACAUAUAAUGGCAUCUGGUUAAAGUUCAAAUUGAGGCAGAUGCUGUAACCCCUAAACGCUUCCGGCAUUUGUGUUUGAUGGAUGUUCACCGUGCAAAGCAGUCGUUUCUUUCUCUGUAAUGAUACCUUUUUUCCCGUACGAUUAACUUUGACUUAAACUCUGUUUCCUUUGAAUUCAUUGAGGUAUUGACGGUCCGUUUAUGAGCCAUGUUCCUUGACUAUGUGGUUUCACUGAAAAAACUUUGAAAAUAUUACCUUUAGAAUAUUGAAUGUGUUUUAUUUUAUUUCUAUUUUUGUUGUUGUUGUUGUUCCUGUCUUGUUUCUUGUUAUCUUUAACAAAUAACCACCACGAUUUGGUGCCUAGGCGAGGAGUUGUGUCUUUAGCAUAUUGUCAAUUUGCAUAGUUCCACAACUCGGUCAUUUGAAUGCAGGUCUGACCACUUUCUAAGCUCCGCCCACUCUGACUGUUCACCAAUCAGUAAUAGCCCUGUUCGCUUAUUCAGGCCAGCAAAAGACUGGACGUUUUCUUUUGUUAUUUGUCACAUUUCUGUAUCUCGAAGGAGGCUGAAGUUCAAUGUCCUGCGGAGUCGUUUAACGCAUCACUUCCUGUGAGUUUCGGUGUGCGAGUCUCAGUGCCUUUUCUACAUGCAAAUACAUUUGAAUGGUUACGUGAACGUUACACAAUAGCCAAGGGGACAAAAACAGGCGAACCUUUUGAUGUCAACAAAGGACCUCAAUUGCGUUCCAAUCGAGAAGCGGAUCAGACAUAAAAACUCACUUGACUCACGUCAAGCAGCUAUCAAAAAUCCCUGUGGUUAGGCUCAGAUAGGGGAGACGUUAAUCACGAACGGCUCCAGCAAGUGCUAGCUCAUUUACUGUUAUUUCUCUUUACGAAUAAGCUGACGUUUGAUCUGACAGAGACUGCAAAUGUGUGUCAUUUCCGACUAGAGUGUUUUCAAUGACUUAUUUCAAGCUAUACGCAAAACAGGGAUACUUACAGCUCUUGAUGAUCGAGCAAAGCCAUCGCCUGCCACCAUGAGUCCGUCCGGAUCUCAUUUCAGGGCCCGAAUGAUCACGUUUUUUGACAGCUGGGAGGGGGCCGUAAAAAAGUUGAUAGAAUAAAAGCAUCACAGGUCUGCAGAAUGUAACCACGGCACGUUUAAAAUAAGAAUGGCUCUCGUAAAACAUAGGUAGCAGAAAAGAGAGGUCAGGGUUCACGUCGAGUACGUCGAAGAGGCAAAGUCGUCUCUGUUAUUGCACAUUUAGCCUUAAAGGUGUCUGUCACCGCAGGGCGAAAUCAGUAGUCAGCAUAAUUUAGGUUCUGAUCUAUGCUGAAUGCCCCCUCCAUAUUAAAAUAAGCAGCUUGCACUUAAUUGUUUACCUUGCCACACAUUUGAUGCCGUCUCUUUAAGAGGAAAAGUGAAUCUCAGUUCAGGUAUAGAAGCGGGAGCAGGCGUCGGACAGAAACCCUGCCCGAGUACCUUUGACAGGGGCUUCGCGGCCCAAGCCUGAAAUCCACAUCAUCAUUCAGUGGGUAAACAAGUUAAACCCAUCACAGUCUAUUCUUCAUCUACUUGUAAAGGAACAGUCACACAAAAAUGAAAACUUCGUCAUUUACACGUUUCAAACAACACAAAGAGACAUUUAGAAACGAUUCAUAAAUGUAAAAAUUACGAAUGAUGGAAACUAUCGAUUGGUUUAAAAGAUCCGACUUAAAUGAAAGAUUCAUUGACAAAAUGGACCACUUUGAUUGAAGUUUGGGGACUUUUAAAAAGCCUACGUCUCCAUAGUAGUAAAAGUAUAGGUCAUAGGGGUUUUAACCCCAUGAGAGCAAGUAAAGAAGUUAUUUUUGCAUGUACUGUUCCUUUAACACACCUUAAGUCUCAGUGAUAUCCGGGGUGCAGGAGGGAGGGUGAAGGCCUUAAGCGGUGAUCUCGUGCUGGGCCUCACUUCCACAACACACUACACAUCACAGUAGAUUCUUUAGACGGACAGCCGGAGUUCUCGGAAUCUGAUAAGCAGGCUGGCACAGAAAGCAGAGGACCACACAAACGUAUCUGCGACACAGGGCACGCGACGGCUGAAAUAGUUGAAACGGUGUCACGCAUUAAAGUGCAAAAGAAAACCCUGAUGGUUUUUCUCAAGCACUGAACGUUUCAAGACGACGCGCUUCAUGGCUGAACAUGUUUCCCGUCUGGGUGUCAGAUAUGAGAAUGUGAACGAAAUCAGAUCCCCGGUCUGCUUUGUAAUAAUCGGGUGUAAAAGGCAGAAUGUAGCGUGCUGCUUUUGUGCUCUUCUUGCAUCAGAUUCCGAUCGUCGUACAUUACUCGGGUAGACAGCAUUCAUAACAUAGGCCUACAAUACAGUAGUGAAGACAGGUUUUCUAUCGUCUCUGAAUGCAUAACAGUUUUUUCUUUCUUACUCUUUUUAUUUUAUGGAUGAGAUAAGACUUGAUGAUUGACCAUCUAAAUAUGGCUUAAACCGGCAUGUGAAAGACUCAAUAGUGGCUGGAGGACUCUAAAAUGUUCAGCAUUUUGAACUCUUAAUAAAACCAAUAAAAUGGAAAAAGGUAAAAAAAAGCUCAAAUUAUAAAAAAAAGUGAAUAUCACUGUGUAAUAUUUAUUCAACUUGUAAUUUAUGUACUCUUUUAACCUUUGUCUUUUUUUUGUUAUGACAAAGCAUUUAUUUAAAUAAAGUUAUGUAUUCAUUUAA